ACAGUCAUCCACAAGCACAAACCCACAGGCACAGAGUCGAAUGACUAAAGUCGGGUGUUUCGAGUCAUUACUGUGGAAAUAUUUGAUGCGGUGAAUGAAGAGUUUCUAUUUCAUCCCAUAGUUUGCAGAAUCAUCAAUAGUUCGACGUAAUUCAUUCAGCUGUAAGGAAAUAUUUCCCUCUUUAGCACCAUGGAUUUGGACGAUUUUGCGCAGCGCAUGUUGGAACGUGCAAAGAGCCGCAGAGAGAAAAUUGACACUGCUUUGGCAUCCGUUGGAGAAAACAGACGCUUCCGUGCUCCACUUGUUGAAAACAUCCCUGUAGCUUCGUGCUCGUCCUCCAAAACUGAGAACACGGAGAAAAAGCAUGUAGAGGGUGGCAAAUCGUUGGAAAGCCGCCCCCAUGCACCCGACUCUGGCUUACGAGAUAAUCUCAGCCGCCUUGGAAGGCUGUACGAGUCUGAAAACCUGGACACCAACUUUUCGUCUCCCGUCCACCCUCGGACAGAGACACUUUCUCGCUUCCCAGUCUCUGAGUCGCAGCCUAAGGCCAAGCCUGCGGCUCGCAAAGCUCGGUUGGACGCUUUGGCGCAGAACUUCAAGGAUUGGGAGGAUGACUACUCGAAGCUGCCACCAACUCCGAUGGUUCCCAGGGCUGAGACCCCUCUGUCCCCGGUGUGCAUUGGGAGGGCAGCUUCCCCUGGCCGCAAGCAAAUGGGUUCCCCGCAAAGAGCUCUUUUCAGCUCGCCUGUCCGUGCUGCGUCGCCCGUCCGCACUGUUCACAGCUCGCCGGUGAGGGCUGCAUCGCCUGUUCGCUACGCGGCCCCUUCAUCUCCAGUGAGACCCGCCUCGCCUCUUGCAACCCCAAAAGGUCCUCAGAUUGGAGUCAGAAGCCCUACGAAGAACGUUGUCUUGGACAAAUCUGUUAUAGCAACACUGGAAGCCCAGGGUUUUGUGCCAACCGAGUCAAAGUCGUGUCUUAUUUACAACUAUCACAAGGGUGACUCCUCUAAUGUCCCACAGGAAGCUGAGGACGAUGAGUCAUUCACCUCUGAGGCCGCGACGCCAAACACAGGCUCAGUUGGCUCGCCAGGCUGGAUUUACAGAGCUGGAAGCCCCUUGAAACCGAGAAUGGGUGUUGCAAGCCCUGUUCGCGCAGCCUCUCCGGUCAGGGCAAUGUCACCUGCCAGAGCAGCCUCUCCUGUACGUGCCAUGUCUCCCGUCAGGGCUGGCUCACCAGUUAGCCGCGCUAGGAACAUGUCCCCUGGCUCCGUGUUGCAAAAGGCCGCGAUGUUCGAGUCAGCUUCGGUGGCUGCGCCUGCCAGUCCUACCAAGGAUCCUGCAGAGCUGUCCCUCUCGCAGAGAAUGGCUCUGUUCGAGAAGAACAAAACGAGCGCGCCUCUCUUGCCGAAGGUUGCUUUUGCCACUCCUCUGCCGGCCAAAUUCAUUCCUGCUACCAAAACUGAGCAGAAGCCCGCAGUCCAGGUUGGACUCCGACCGGUAGCUGAAAAGAAGCCAGCUGACUCCAACAAAGAUAAUUUGGUGCAGGCGCACAAGGCCAUGUUUGAGAAGAGCCUCAACCAAAUAGCCAAGCCCAGUGAGGUUGUCGUUUCAUCCCAAUCCGAGCGCCAGAAAGAACUGGAAAUGCUCCGCAGCCGCUACGACAAGCAGAAGCAGCUUUCUGCCAGGGAAGAAGUGGAGCCACCAAAACCAAAAGCAAAGGAAGUUGCAAAGGUGCCCUCUGCCCCGCCGAUGCCAAUGCAGGCGCAAGCAAGCCAUUCCACGAGAGCGGAAUCGCCUAAGAAGCAGUACCCUGUCCUGGAGGAAGUGAAAAAGAUCAAAGUUUCCCCUCCCAAGGCUGGCCACAUAUACCCGAGCCUUUCAGACAUAGACGCGACUGAAAGCGAAAUGGAUGCCGACACCAGUGGAACCACAGACCACAGCGGAGAAGUAGAAGAUGCAAAUAAUAGUUUCGGGGACGAGAUCCUAAAAGCGGCCGGCUUGAAUGAGAGGAGCUCUGCCAAAAGGGCUGCAUCUGAGAUGACGGAGAGUGAGUGUGCUGUUCUCGAGGACAUGGAUGACUUCCUUGAUGAAGCAUUGGGAAAUGUGUCUGAAAUAGCUUCUGUGGGGCCUACCCCUCCAAAGAAGAGCCGGGACAGAGAUGAGGCCAUCUUCAGGACGCCAGCUGCCAAAUACAUGCCCUCUGCCCCAGACACGCCAAUUCCCUCGGUGCUGUUGGGAGAGGGCGAUGUCAAGCCUCUGCUCCACACGGUCAGCUUCUACAGGAAGCAGCAGUCGCAGGGAGCCAAGAUGUCCACACCCGUGCACCAAGUGUACCAUCAGACUGAGGAGUCUUUCGAGGAGGAGGAGGACGAUCCAGAAAAGGAGGCCGUGCUGAUUCGCAGGAAGAUCAGGACCUUGGAGGAGAGCGUCAGCAAGCAGCAGACGGUCAUUUCCCAAGCCAGCCAAGCGCUUAAUUUGUGCCGAUCCACGGUGGAGUUUUCAAACUCUUCCGAACAAGUUGAGGCUGAGAGACUUUUGCUUUUAGCCACUCACAAGCGUCAAGCUCUGCUGAAUGAAAUCCAGCGGCUGAAGGUGGAGGGGCCUCAGGAAAGCGAAUUUGACAUUCACUCUGAAACAGGAUCACUGACCAUUUCCAGCCUGUGCCUGCCUUUGAAAAGAGAAUUCCUGCAGCGAAUGCGCCGAGAAGAAAACUUGGAGCAUUAUAUUGUGUGCUUGGUGAAGAGCCAAGAUCAAGUGCUGGCUUCACCGAUGCUUCCGACAUCGUCAGUGCCUCCAAAGCAGGAGUUUGUCAAGUUCCCAGGCACUUUGACUCUGGAAAACCUGAAGAGUAACUUUGCUGUGACCUUGGAGGUCUACACACUUCAAGCUCGCAGGGAAACCAUAAGCCACGAGGACAAAUACCACAUCAAGAAGGAGAACACAAAACUGCGGCUCACCCCCAAGAAGCACAAGAACGACAAUUUGCUUGUGAUGCCAGUGAUCCAGAGCCCAGCUGGCCCGACUGCUGUUCGCUCUCCGUCUUUCAGCCUUGCCGGCUUCACGGUCUUCUCCCUGCGAGAACUGAGCCGCUCCCAGUUCACUCUAAAUAAGGUGCCAUACAAUAGUCCUCUUGAGGGUCACAUCAGCAUUUCCAUGUCCAGCGAACUGCUGCUGGACACUGAAAUGAGAGGCUUUCUGACCAUGUUUGACGACAUCAGCGGAUUCGGAGCCUGGCACCGCCGCUGGUGCGUUCUGGACGGCGCUCGUUUGGCUUACUGGAAGUACCCAGAUGACGAGAAGAAAAGGGAGCCAAUCGGAUGGAUCGAUCUGAACGAGUGCACGUCCAAGCAAAUUACUGCAGUCUCCAGAGAAAUUUGUGCUCGCCUCAAUACCUUCUUGAUCGAAACCCAAAGAGCCGUCCUUCCAGACGACAAAGAGUCUCUUGUGAUGAUUCCAGGAAGACAAAUGACUACCAUCAGGCAUUUGAUAUCAACUGACUCAAAGGAGGAGCGCAUACAGUGGUGCAAGGAGCUGAACCACGCCAUCACCUCGAUGCGAGCUUGGAAAUCCUGCCACAAGACCGCCGGCAAGGGAACCGCCGUGUAAUUUAGAUGCUCGAAAGCCUGUAUAAUUGCUUUCCCUUCUUAUUGAUCUGUCACUUUUCAUUAGCCUAGUUUUAAUCAUAUCUAAUUACUCCGUGGAAAGUGGUCACUGAUACAAUACGUUUUGUACUUGAAGACCAAUUUUGAAAUUCAGGACACUCGCGUACUUUGAAUAAAGUGGACAGAGUUAGUCUUGUGAUUGAUUAUCAUUUAUACAAAGGGAAGGGAAAUCGUUUUAUCUAAUACACCGCACAAUAUUUGUACCUUAUGCGAAAUAAAGAUUGGCUUAUAUACUAACGCAAAACGAUUAAAA